AUGAAAGCCUUUUUCGCCUUAACCCUCGCGGCCCUCUGCCAGUCCGCAUACUGCCUGCGAGAGGGAACCUACUUCAUUGGAUCCGCCUCCAAAGUCCUGACGGAAAGCAUGCAAGAGCAUGGAAAGCCUCUCUCCUUCGAAGCCAAGGAAGGCCAGCCUGGCCAGAUCUGGUCCUUCACACCCCAAGAAGGGGGCUACUUCGAAGUCCAAAACAACCUUGGUGGAUACAUCAACUGCGGUGAUUCCAAGGCUGGAGCUACUUGCUAUGCAGGGGAGAGGCCUCAAUCCUUCUUGCCCGAGUACCAAGGUGGAGAUAGUUAUGAGCUUGUUGAAGCGGGAAGCGGCUACUUUUUGCGCAUCGCCGAGAAUGGGCAGCUGAUGCUCGCUGAAUAUGAUGGUGGUGAAAGCGAGCGGUUCAACUUGGUCCGGGCUUAG